AAUAGAAAGAAAGCAACUAGCAUGGCCCAUAAAAUGUCUACUCAUUAGCCCAAUGACAUGAUCCCCAUCUUCCUCUCCCCUAUUCAUUUCACCUAGCUAGCUUUCACCCUCCCCUUUUUAAUUCCUUCCCUUUAUUAUUAAUUUACAAAAUCCAAACAAAUCUCUGGAUCUUGAUCAUCUCAUCAUUCAGCACCACAAUGUCUUCUUCAAGUGGCAAAGAUUUGGGAGAAGGAUCAAGCUCUCCAACAGAAAACUACCAACAGAGUCCAGGGACACUUAGCCGCUAUGAGUCUCAAAAGAGAAGGGAUUGGAACACUUUUGGUCAGUACUUGAAGAAUCAAAGGCCCCCAGUUCCUCUUUCUCAGUGCAAUUGCAACCAUGUGUUGGAUUUUCUUAGGUAUCUUGACCAGUUUGGGAAGACCAAGGUUCACCUUCAAGGGUGCAUGUUCUAUGGCCAGCCAGAACCUCCAGCACCUUGCACAUGCCCCCUUAGACAAGCUUGGGGGAGCCUUGAUGCUCUCAUAGGGAGGCUCAGGGCUGCUUAUGAGGAAAAUGGUGGGUCCCCAGAGACUAACCCUUUUGCAAGUGGCUCCAUCAGGGUGUAUCUCAAAGAGAUUAGGGAGUGCCAAGCCAAGGCAAGAGGUAUCCCUUACAAGAAGAAAAAGAAGGCCUCAAAUCCAAGCAAGGGAAACGAUGAAUCAUCCUCCACCAUGCACUUCUCUUGAACAACAUCAUCAGUAUCGAUCUCUUUGGACCUUUCAAGUCAUGGAUAAUGUAGCAUACAAUCAAAUUGGAGAUCCUUUUUACAAGGCACAGUCUAUUGGAGGUUCGGUUUCUAUUUGGAUUGAUAAUUUGUUGGCAUGCCACUCGAUCUUUUUAAAGUUGCUCUUUUGUUUACCCGGGAGUUUGUAUGAUCCUAGCUGAAUAGCAUACUCAUUAAUUAUAUGACGGUCAGUUAUGCCUUGGUUUAUCUUUGCAUUAAUUCAAACUUCUCAGUUGCAUAUAUACAUAUAUAGUUAGUUUGUCAUGUAUUUUUCGGAUUGGUUCCAUUGAAGUGUAAGGUAUUUUAAUAAAUUCGGGUUCACAUACUCUUCCAAA